UAAGGUUGGUAGGUUUCAACUAAUCCAGGAAGUUGUCGAGACCACUGGUAUAAAAUUAGAUGAAUCGAACCAUGAGUCCUCAAUAUAAAGGAUUCCUGGGCAGAGGCGCAAUGAUAGGACGCUUUCUCUCAUCAUGGUUUCUGCAGCUUCUACCACGUGCUCCGUAAAAGCAGCAGGAGUGUCUGUUCUUCUAUUGUGUUUUCUACUUUACAUGGCCGAUUCAUACCCCAACAUCGACUCAUCAAGCAUGGGCUGUGAGGAAUGCAAGCUGACGCUGAACAUGUUUUUUACGACGGAUCGUCCAAUUUAUCAGUGCAUGGGCUGCUGCUUCUCCAGAGCGUACCCAACACCUCUCAGCACCAUGAGGACGAUGACCGUGCCGAAGAACAUCACUUCAGAGGCAACAUGCUGUGUAGCAAAGCACAGCUAUGAGACAAAGGUAGCUGACAUAACAGUGAGAAACCACACAGAGUGCCACUGCAGCACCUGCUACUAUCACAAGAUAUGACAAAGGGAGACUUGACAACGUCCUCCAGCGCUCGACUUUACCAAGACUUUGUGUUUCUUUCAAAAUGUACAAGCUCUCCUGUGUUUUAAACCAUGUGCUCUUCACUAAUUCAGGAUAGUAUUUUUGUAGUGGGUCUGUGAUUGUGGAAUUAGAUUUGUGUUUUUGCAUUGUUAAAUGUAUUGGAGUAAUUAUGCAUAGAUUAAAUAAAAUGUGCUCCAAGA